AUGUACAAGUUCUCAGCACCAAACUCGCCUGGUCUGUCGCCCACUCUGUCAGCACGAACAACAACUUCAUAUGCGCCGUCUAUUCGAACGAUUGAUAUAUUCGACCCUGUUGUCGUGUUAUCCCGUGCUGACAUUAGGGCUUCGAUCGACGCUUAUGAGCAAUUGCUUAGUGCAGCCAAAAUUUACCGAAAUCAGUUGAUUGCCUUGUCACAGGCUACUGCUGGAUUCGGUCAAGCGCUGGAGCGAAUGGCCCGAUGUAAAGGCGCGCUAGAAGCUGGUCCUGGAUUGCAAGCAGCUGCAGGAUUACAUUACUUGAUGUCGAACCAUCAACAGGUUCUGAGUGAUUCAUUUUAUAAGAAAUUUGAGAUACCGUUGUUGGAAAAUCUGGAUGCACACAAAGCAGCGAUUAUUGCAAACGAGGAAAGUUAUGAUAAGACUCUAGUCGAGAUGAGCAAAAAGAUUAAAGAGACUGAAGCAGAGAAUUUACGAAUUGGUAGAAGGAAACAGAGGGAUCUUUCUCAAUUUAGAAAGGCUUUGAGAGAUUUAACCCAACAAGUGGAGCAACUGGAUAUACUCAAGAGUGAAUAUUAUCACCAGACUCUUGAACAAGAGCAGAAUAAUUUAAAUUUUAUUCUAUCCAAGGUUGCAACCAUUGUUCGCGCUGAAGUUGAUAUUCACGAAAGAGUAUACACAAAAGGAUUGGCCGACCCAUUACUGGAAGCUAUGACAUCUCAAGGUCCAGACCCAUUUAGCGCACAUCCCGAAUCAUCGGAAAUUUUUACUGUACUCCCAGCUCCAAUUAUUAAUAAUCUGGCGCCGGAAAUAAAUAAUAUAGCAGACUUUUCAACCGAGGAAAACUUUUAUGCAGUCCGCGCUCAUGCGCAACUUCCUACAAAUCAAGAAGAUAAACAUAUAAUGACACGUGAUCAAUUACUUAAUGGGGUGACGAAUAAUCAGUCUACUUCAAAUUCAAGUGGAUACGAACCAAAUGCAACUGCUAUCAGUAUCAAACUCCCAACAGAAUCAGAUACUUUAUCAACAAAUCAGCGUUCUACACAAUUAAAGCAACAACUUGACUAUAUACCAGAGGAUGCAGAGAUUUCACAUAGUUUAGAAAAUAACCAUGCGGUGCCUAUUGCACCAAAUAACGAUAGCAGCCAAACGUUGGAAGCGAAGGAUUCGGAGAGUGACAUGACUCCAAAAGAUAACACGAUACUGAGUAUCAAUUUAGAAUCAACUUCUACAGCAAGUAUGGAACAAUCUACGUCAAAUCAACUGACUACAGUUGAAGAAUGA